AUGCACGCCUUCUGGACUGCGACCACCCUGCUCGCUUCGGCCGGAGCCCUGUUGGGCGCCCAGGCCCGCCCGACUGACGGCAAGAACCACACGGUCCAGUCGGGAUACGACUACAUUGUCGUUGGAGGCGGUCCGUCCGGCAUCAUCACCGCGGAGCGUCUGGCUGAAGCCAACAAGACUGUGCUGUUGUUGGAGCGCAGCACGGCCGGCCCGACGGUCGGAACCGGCUCCAACUACACCCUGUCGUGGAACGAUACCCUGACGGCCAUCGACGUGCCGGGCCUGUCCUUCGAUGUCGGCAACUUCCCGCAGUGGUCCGAGUACAUCUGUACCGACACCGACGGUACGGCGGCCUGCAUCCUGGGUGGCGGUGUGACGGUGAACUACAUGGUCUUCGUGCACCCCCCGGACCACGACUUCGACGAUAAAUGGCCAGUGGGCUGGAAGUGGGCGAACGUGACUGCAGGAGCCGAUCGCCUCUACGCUCGCAACCCGGGCAGCAGCGUGCCCUCGGCCAAUGGCAAGCUCUACGAUCAGACCCUGUUCACCACCCUGUCGACCUUCUUCAACAACCUCAACUGGACCGCCACCGACAUGAGCGCCCAGCGCAACGAGAAGUUCCAGACCUACAGCCAUCCCGUCUGGAACAUCAAGGACUACAAGCGUGCCGGCCCCGUCCGCACCUACCUCCCGCUCGCCCUGCAGUACCCCAACUUCUCCCUCCGCAUGGGCGCCCUCGCCACCCGGGUUGUCCGUAACGGCAGUCUGGUGACCGGAGUCGAGAUCGUGAAUGCGGCGAGCAACCAGACCGAAACCAUCCCUCUCGCUCCCGGCGGCCGCGUGGUCCUCUCGUCCGGCGCGCUGCACUCGCCGCGCAUCCUGUUCAACUCCGGUAUCGGCCCGCGGGCGCAGAUCGAAACGGCGCAGAAGAGCGGGAUCGCCGUGCCCCCGGCCAGGGAGUGGAUCCACCUGCCCGUCGGCGAGAGCCUGAUGGACCACCCGAUCUUCUCGAUCGUCCUCCAGACCGACAAGGACUUCAACGAACUGGACGCGGCCGCGAUCCUCAACGGCACCGCGACCAGCGAGAUCACCGCGUACGAGGAGCAGAACGACGGGGUGCUCACGCAGGGCAAGCACCGGCUGAUCUUCUUCAGCUCCAACGUCGCCAGCGACGGCCACACCCGGUACUACCAGGGCUCCUGCACCCCGACGGCCGAGGGCGAGGUCACCAUCACCACCUACAUGACGCACGGCCUGACCUCCAAGGGUGUCCUGGGGCUCGAUGCGGACCAGCGCACCGUCAUCGAGAAGUCGCCCUACCUGCAGACGGCCGGCGACCGCGAGGCCGCCACCAUGUUCAUCCAGUCCAUGGUCGAUGCCAUCAACGCCCCUGGCUCGGGCUUCCAGCUGGUCGAGUACACCAACACCUCCGCCAUUCUUGGUUCGCUCACCGCGGGUAUCCACUACGCCGGCACCACCAAGAUGGGCACCGAUGACGGCCGCUUCAACGGUACUGCUGUUGUCGACACCAACACCAAGGUGUACGGUACGGAUAAUCUGUAUAUCGUGGACGGUGGUAUCCACCCCGAUCUGGCUUCCGGAAACAACCAGGCGACCAUCAUGGUCGUUGCGGAGAACGCGGUGGAGCGUAUUCUGGCUCAUUAGAUGGGUUUACCCUUUCGAGAGAGGAGGGUGGUGAGACUAGUGUGCUGUAUUUUAUCUGUAACGUAAUGAC